AUGGCUGAAGAAUUGCGGUGCUUUGUUGGUGGUCUGUCGUACAACACGGACGACAGAGGGCUCAUGGAAGCUUUCAGUCAAUAUGGCGCCGUUGACGCCAAGAUCGUCAAUGACAGAGAAACCGGGCGAUCAAGAGGAUUCGGCUUUGUGUCUUUUAACGAGAAGCCCGGCAUGGAUCAAGCAAUUGAGGCAAUGAACGGCCAAAGGGCUCCUGGCGGCGGUGGUUAUGGUGGUGGAGGUGGUGGUGGCGGGGGAGGUGGUGGAUACGGCGGUGCUGGUGGAUCAGGUGGUUAUGGAUGGUAG